UCAAAAUUUCGAUGGUUUUAGGUCUAAUCUUUAAAUUUUUGAACAGUUAUUGGUUAAAAUUAGAAACUUGAUAAUGGCCUCCAAGAGUACGCCUCUUAGAACACCCAGACCACUCCGUUCUUCAUCUUCUUCUUCUCGCUUCCGUCAUAAAACCUGUCCUAUUUGUCUCACUAAACUCAGUAGGUGUGAGCUGGGGAAGCUCGGCAGCUGUGAUCAUUUCUUCUGCCUCCCUUGUAUUCAAGCAUGGGCCCAGAAUGUUAAUACUUGUCCUAUUGAUAGAAAACCUUUUAAUGAUAUCGAAGUUUAUAGCCACGCAAGGGACAUUGUUCUAAGAAAGAUUCAUGUGCCCACGCGUCGUUUUGAGGAUGUCUUGGUUGAUCCUAAUGAUGUGACUUACUGUGAAAUUUGUCAUCGAAGUAAUAAUGAGAACGUCCUAUUGCUAUGUGACGGAUGUGAUAAGGGGUAUCACAUGUAUUGUCUUACUCCGCCUCUUUCAAGCGUCCCUGAAGGAACCUGGUAUUGUCAGGACUGUCUGUGCCUCGUUGCUACCAUGAACAUGAAAAUGGCUCAGGAAGAAUCCUCAGACUCUGAACUUAGCUGUGACAUGACAUCUGAGAGUGAUAAAGAGGAGGAGGAGGUGGUGGAGGAGGAGGAGGAGGAGGUAGUGAUUGUGGAAGUGAGGGAGGAGGAGGAGGAGGGAGAGAAGGAGGAAGAGCUAGAGGAGGAGGAGGAGGAGGAGAAAGUACAGAUUAAAGAACAAGAAAGAGUAAUAGAGACAAUAAUAAUAGAUGAUGAUAAUGAUGAUGAUGAUGAUGAUGAAGAAGUGAAGGAUUACUUAAAACAGAAAGAUGACUUUGAGCAAAGGAAGAUGAAGGAAGUAAAGUACACCAGUCCAUUCAGGGGAAGGAAGAGACCAAAGAGGAUUAUUGUGUCUGAAGAUGAAGAAGACGACGAUGAUUUUGACACUUCGAAGUACCUUCCUCGAAACCUUGGUUUUAGUUCAUCCAGUUUUGCUAAAGAAACGACUUUAAAACCCUCAGCAAAACAAGUACAUGUACAUGUACAAGAAAACAAAGAGGGAACCAAGAAACGAAAAACUGUACGAAAUGAAGCUAAUAGCGUUCAAGUAGAUGGACACUUGACUCUAAAUCAAGAGAAAAGUGAACCAUCCAUUGAUCCACUGCCUUCCCAUAAUACUAAACAAGACAUACCCCAUUAUGGCUAUACUCACCCACGCUUUAUCAGAAAACACGAAAGGCAAAUGAACUUUGACAGUGGGUCUUUUGAAAGCGUUACAGUGACAGAGAGUGAUUUGAGGACUGAAAUUAUUAAGAUAUACUCACGAACCCCUACCCCCGACAGAGAGAGUGAAAAGGAAGAGAAGAUAAGAGAGAGUGGAGUAGUAAUGGGGAGAGAGGAGAUAGAAGAGGCCAAGGAGAUAAAGGAGCUGAGCGAGAGACAGAAAGUGAAAGAGAGGGUAGACAUUAAGAGGAGAGAAGAGAUGAAGCAGAAAGAGGACAUGAAGCUGAGAGAGGAGAUCAAAAGAAGGGAAGAAGUCAAUGAGAAAGAGAUGCAGGUGAUUAGUAGUCAGAAAAAGAACCCACCUCCUUGGUUGUCUGCGCAGGGUUGCAUACAACUCAACAGUGGGUUUCUCAUUAGUAGAAACCCCAGACCUCAUGUAUCAAACUAUCCCGGACCACAGAAAAGACCUAGAUCUAUCGGAUCCUCCUGUCCUUCUCUCCGUCAUUCCUCUACCUCUCAUGAUCCCAGCUCUCAAAGCUCAAAUAUCGACGAAGGAAAGAGAACAAAGAGGAGAAAGUCUCACCCAGAUACCAGGUCAUUAAACCCAGAGUCUUCACCAAGAGCCCGUACAGCUGCUAAAGUUAAUACUAUACGCCAAGCUUUCAGAGGUGCUGUGAUUGCUUCGCACAAACACGAUGAAAGUGCUGUCGGUUUUCAAGCAGCUCAGGACUGGCUGGCUAAAAGUGUCGGAAGUGGUGGGCGGGGUCUCUCUGCAUCUCCCUUCUCGGGACUCAAGCAUAAUGUGGCUCUCCCAUCUCAGAAUACUCUUAAGGUGACAAAUAAAGUUAAACGAAAUCUCACUUUGUUGAUGAAUAAGCAGCAGGCCUGUCUUUACCCUCCAGUGAAGAAGAGAUGUCAAAUUAUCCCACAAAUACCGAGCUGCAGUAUGAAGACUGAUUAUGUUGGACCUAUAGAAGACUCUUUGGAUAUGCUGGAGUCAAAUGAAGUUAUAUUUAGAAGAGACGGUUCGAUACAGCCUGCAUCUGAUCCUAAUUCUGCAAACAAUUCCCCCAAAAAGGACAAACGAAAAUCUAACAAUGAAAUUCACAAUACUGAAGCACCCUUGAAGGAUUCAGAAGAUCUGCCUGUGCCAAUAACCAUUGCUGUCAUUCCUCUACCUGUUGAUCAUCCAACUUCAUUCCCUCACAAUCCAAAAUCAGCAUCAAGUCCUCUUCCUCUGACUGACAGCCCUCAUAAAUUGAAAGGCAAAAGUGCGUCUACUGAGAAGAAAAAGAAAAGUUCAGAAAGUGGAAAAGGUAGUUCAGGAACCGAGACAGAAAAGCUAGAGUCUGUACAAGUCAAAGUCAAAGCUAUCACUAGUAUUGGAAAAAAGGAGAGCAGGAUAUCUCCUGUUGCCCUCUCUCCUCAAAUCACUAAUCUCACUGAAAAGGACAAAGGCAGUAGUACUGCUAGUAAGAAGACCUUGAGUGUUAAACAAACCAAAUUUGUAGCAGACAGCAGCAGUGGUGCUAACAGAAAGAAGCUAACCUCUUCUUCUCCAGUGGAGACUAGGAGUGCUUAUAGAAAGAAGGUGGCCAGUCCUGCAGUGAGUAGCAGUACUGCAUGUGGUGGUGGGAAGAAGCUUGCCACAGGCAGGAAGAAACAAGCUUCUGCAACUGAGCCCAAAAAGAAGCUCCUAGACAUUAGCAAAAGGAAACCUCCAACAAGCACUGAGAAGAAGCAAACUCUUGCCACUGCUGCUGCUGCUACAGACAGAAGCCUUGGUAGUGCAACUGCUAAUAGUCUAAUGCGCAUUAAAAGAAGAAGCAGAAGAUUUAUAAAUAGCAUUGAUGCUACAAGAGAGCAUUGCACUUCCGAGACGAUCAUUGGCAUGGUCUUUUGUAGCAAUGCACUUGCUUCUUGUACGACACAACAGGACCACCAAUCAAAUAACAACAACAACAACAAUAAUAAUAGUAUUGUUGGCAUCAUCACAAAGAAAGAAGAGAAUGACGCCAAAAAUAAAAUCAAAUUGGCCAGCACAGAAUCUGAUAGUCAUGAGCUCUCUAGCACCAAAACUGUUAGUACCAGGAGUAGCAGUGGUCACCAUGGACCGUACAGCAUGCACCUUAAUGCAGAUGAAGCUAUCAAGACUAUAAUAAAACUGCUGCAGGAGAACUACAUCACAGGUGAUAUCAAUGUUGCUCAGAUGGAGGCCAUCAAAGAUAAAGCCAUCAAUAAAGUUAAGAUGUCAGGAGAUUCAACAGUUCCAUGCUGGAAGGUAUACAGACUAGUGAGCUAUUAUGUGAAUAAAAGUGCUGAUGAAAAGAAAUCAUAAAGAUCUACACUGCUGGACAAUGACAUUAUAUUUUGCUUAGUACCAUACCUCUGCUUUAAUUAUUUUUUGAUUCCGAUAUUGGCAAAUGCAGAUUGUAUUCUGUGCAGUCUUUAUGAUUCAUAUUUAGUUAAA